ACAAAAUACUAUUCUGAAAACUGACUUGGUCUAACAUCAGGUCUUUUUUCUGUUUUUACUUAAAUAUUUUUAUAUAAUUAAUAUUUUUAUAUACCUAGUGCUUUUAGAGACAAACUUUUGUCAGUGCGCGUUCAAACUCGCGAGCUUUUGAGCUUUUUUUCACAGGAGAUUACAUUCUGUCUUUUGUCUUCCAGGGUGUAAUCGAAGUUUACAGACCAUGGCGAGAGUCAUAAAGUUGCUGACUCGCGCUUUACACGACAUAUCUGGCGUGGCGGGGCCCAUCCGCUCUGCCGAGGCGACGCCCGAACAGAUACGGGCUCGACACAGUCGCUGCGGCAAUAGAGGAGCGGGAGGAGGAGGAGGAAAAGCCAUUACUAUGAAGAACUUAAACCCUAACAUUGUGAAGCUGGAGUACGCUGUUCGUGGUCCCCUUGUCAUCCGCGCCGGAGAAAUAGCUAAGGAGCUCGCGAAGGGCGCUAAGAAGCCGUUCAAGGCUGUGACCUCUGCCAACAUCGGAGACGCUCAUGCCAUGGGACAAAAACCUAUCACCUUCAUAAGACAGGUGCUGGCUUGCGUGGCUCACCCCGCACUCCUCAACUACGAGAAGUUUCCCAGCGACGUGAGACAGAGGGCCAAAAAUAUCCUGUCCGGAUGUGGUGGCAGAUCAGCCGGGUCCUACACCUCGUCCUACGGCAUAGACCAGAUCAGAAAACACGUAGCCGAGUACAUAGAAUGUCGUGACGGGCAUAAGUGCAGGAUGGAUGAUUGUGUCCUCACCGGGGGAGCCUCUAGUGGCAUCAAGAAUUGUCUCCAGUUGCUGGUCAAUCAGGUCAGAGGGAAGGACACAGGUGUGCUGAUCCCAAUCCCGCAGUAUCCUCUAUACUCGGCCUCACUGGCAGAGUAUGGCCUAGGCCAGGUGGGGUAUUACCUCGACGAGGACAAGAACUGGGCCCUGAACGUUUCCGAACUGGAGCGGGCCUUUAAAGAAGGCAGCGAAUGUUAUGCCGUCAGGGCUAUGGUCGUUAUCAACCCUGGAAAUCCUACUGGACAGGUGCUAACUCGCAAGAAUAUGGAAAAGGUCAUAAAGUUCGCACACAAGAAGAACUUGAUUCUGUUCGCUGACGAAGUGUACCAGGACAACAUAUAUGAUAAGAACAGCAGUUUCCAUUCCUUCAAGAAGGUGAUAACGGAGAUGGGUUCUCCAUACAAAGACAUGGAGCUAGCAUCGUUCAUGUCUAUAAGCAAGGGGUAUAUGGGUGAAUGUGGUCUCCGAGGCGGCUGGAUGGAGCUGGUGAACCUCGACCCUGAUGUGAAAGCCAACCUGUUCAAGGCACUGUCUGCUAUGCUUUGUCCCAGUUCUUUGGGCCAAGCUGCCUGUGACUGUGUUGCAAAACCUCCAAAUGAAGGGGAACCAUCCUUCGACCUCUGGUGCCAAGAGAAGACAGAAGUACUGGACUCUCUGAAAAGAAGAGCCAAGAUGAUCGUGGAGACCUUCAACAAAAUGGAGGGUUUCAAAUGUAACAUAGUACAGGGCGCCAUGUAUGCUUUCCCAAAAAUCCAACUGCCGGCCAAGGCUAUCGAGGCUGCCAAAAAGAAGAAAAUGGUUCCUGAUGCUUUCUACGCACGCGAAUUGCUUGAAGAGACAGGUAUCUGCAUAGUGCCAGGGUCUGGGUUCGGCCAGAAGCCGGGCACAUACCACUUCCGAACCACCAUUCUACCGCAGAUGAAGCCGCUCAAAAUUAUGCUGGACAGUUUCAGGGAUUUUCACCAAAAGUUCAUUAAGAAGUACGGGUAAAAUCGAGCCUUUAAUAUACCUACUUAUUCUCGUUUGUACCUGCGAUAUAUGUAAGGCAAUUUUAUGUAGGGAAAUCAUCUGGCUUUCCCCAAUUUUUUGAGAUUGGCUACCAACUUGCCAGAUGCAGCUGAGAACUAGGUUUUACGGCUUACUAUCUAUCUUAAAAGUAUGAUAAUGUGAUAUAUUUAUUGCAUAGAACAUCUACAUACAAUGAAACUAGUUAUUCAAUGAUCUAGCAUCGAAAAAUUGUGGAAUACUCGAGCUCAUUGUAUGUUUAUCAGCAGAGUAAUGUACUUUAGCUGUUACCUUAUGUAUUAGAAUAUAAUAUUUUUGUUUGACUAGAGUAUCUAGAGUACCUGCACCUGCAUACAUAAGUUGUUUCAGUUGAUUUGAUCAUUACAACCAAAAAUGGUUCAGAAUGGACCAGAAAAUCGACGGAACUGACAAGCAGUCAAAAUAUCAAAUCAAUACAAAUCUUCUGGGAUUUGUAACUUGUUUACACUAUCUAUGAGAGAGACUAACCUCCUAAUAGGAAGAAAUUGGCGUAUCGGAAGGAACGUCGGCUGAACAAUACGCAGAGCAGAGUAACAGACGAUAUUUUCAAGUUAUAACACCAAUUUAAAUCGACCAACUUGGACACAUGAAAACUGUCAUAUGAGAAAUAGGGGUCUUCCUACGACAUUGCGGCGGAUUGAAACUGAAUCCACUACGAAAAAACAGCUUCCAACAUAUCGUUCAAAAAAUAAAAGAGGAAGAAUACAACAGUCCAAAUUUACUACAAUGCAGAGUAAAGGAUCUUAUGACAACUAAUUUAUUAACAGACAGAUGUAGAAAAACUUCGAUUGUCAUAGAUCGAAAAAAUAUAACAUCUGCCGACAUUGAUCUCGAUAUCCCCAUACAAACCUCUAAAAGACUGGCAGUUGGCUCGUUAGUUACUAAAGUGCACCACCAAACAGUAAUAUACCUACACUAGAUAACUUGAAGACAAUGUCAAAAAAGACCUAGGUAUUUUUAAACUGAAGAGUCCUGUAAAACUAUAUCUACAUGGAUGAUUUGGUUUAAGGCAUACAUCAGUAAAAGUACAAAAGUACCAAGAUUGCAGCUUAGCAGGGUAAUAUUAACCAAACUAUUGGUUUCACAGCAAUUAGAACCUGCAAGUGGUUUGGUCAGGCUGACAAGCUCGUUUUAGCAAGGUUUUAGGCAGUAUAAAUUGAAAGUAAUAGAGUAUUGCCUUAACAUCUACCAAGUUCAUCACCUGAUCAUUCAUAACAACAACCGCUGAGUUGCAAUCACUUAACAACUGCGCAGUCUCAUCUAAGAAUUGUAAAAUAUUUUAGUUCAUUAUUGAAUUAUACAUAGUAAUGAACGUAUUACGAUUUCUUGGAUUGAUUUUAUGACUAUACACAUUGAACUCGAGUAAUAACUGUGCCUACUGCAGUCACAGAGUGAUUAUCAUCACACGGUAACAUCUUGUUGCCGAUAUAGGUAUUUUUUUCAAAUACACCACGCAGUAAAGAAGACCCCUUAUUAUUAGCUUACACUUUCGACCAACAAGAGUUAUCAUGUGUCCAUAAAAUGCCAAGAAAUCUUUACAAACAGCUGAUGCGUAAGAGCGGUUUUAAAUUAGCGCGUAUACCAUCAUAUUUGUGGUGUUUAGACGCGUAUACGCUGAUUUAUAAAAUAUGUUCAUUUGAAAUCUGCCUUAUUUUAUUACGCCAAUGCUUACUGAAGGGAGAGCAGUGAUUUUCCUUUAAAAUAAAGGCCUUACUGCAGA